UGCACAUUGGAGGAGGUUGCUUCAAGCUGCAAGGCUGUUUGCUUCAUUCAAACUGCUUUCAAGAGAGAUAUAACAGCAAAUAUGGUACAAAGAGCUGAACGCAAUGGGUUCAGGGCUAUAAUUCUCACUGCUGAUACUCCUAGGCUAGGUAGAAAGGAGGCUGAUAUAAGGAAUAAAAUGAUCUCGCCUCCUUUCAGGAACUUUGAAGGUCUUAUAUCAACUGAACUUGCUUCUGACAAAGGCUCAAAUGUUGAAGCUUACGCUGCAGAAACUCUUGAUCCUUCGUUUUGCUGGAAGGAUAUAGCGUGGUUAAAAUCAAUUACCAAGUUGCCAAUUCUGAUUAAGGGUGUGCUCACUUGUGAAGAUGUACUAUAUUUUGCUGCAACCAAAGCAAUUGAAGCCGGAGUUGCAGGAAUUAUCGUCUCUAACCAUGGAGCUCGACAGCUGGAUUACACUCCAGCAUCUAUUUCUGUUCAGUUCAAAGAACAAAAGGUGGUCCAUGCUGUUCAAGGUAAAGUUCCAGUACUUCUUGACGGAGGAAUUAGGCGAGGAACGGACAUAUUCAAGGCGUUAGCACUAGGCGCAAAAGCUGUUCUGAUUGGUCGACCAGUCAUCUACGGCCUGGCCGCUAAGGGGGAGACCGGAGUAAAGCAAGUUAUUGAAAUGCUCAAGAAUGAAUUGGAGCAGACCAUGGCUCUUGCUGGCUGCUGCACUUUGGAUGACAUUACCAGAAGCCAUGUUGUAACAGAGAAAGAAAGGUUCCUAUGUAGGAUGUAGUUUCAUCCUAUGUUCCUCUAAAUAAUGGCCUAGCCCCAAACUCUACACAAUCUUUUCGUAUCUUGCUUUGUAAUAAUCUGCAAUCUGCAGAAGCAUUAUCAAAAUGCUUUACGAUUUCUGCUCCUCUCCAGUAACUAAAUCCUUGUAUUAGAUUG